CUAUUUUCUGGAAUUAUUCAAGCGCGCGGUUGAUCGCUUCGCCAAGUGUUUUUCAACAGAAGAGCCGAUCCCGGUAGUAGUCUUGGCAUUGGUUAUUAGGACAAGGCCCGGCUGGGAUUUUCAGCGCCGCUUCCAGGUGAGCAAUCGCUCUUGUUCGCCCUAGUUCGUUCCUCAACAACAAUCGUCAUUCGUCAGCUGGGGCGCAGCUAGGCAACCUGUCAAUUGCGGGAACAAAGCCGCCCACAGUCUUCAGUCUCGUCGAGUGACGAUACCCAAUUGUAUUCCGAGUUGAGGCAAUUCGCUUGUCAAACUGGACCUAUUAAAAUAUGUCGUUCAUGACACUGUUCAUAACUACGCCGUGUUUUCCGAGUGGUAGCAUCCAGGGUUAGAUACUUCAUCAGUGACGCUUGACCCAUCUUGCAAAGAACUGAAUCUUUUUAUCAAUCUUCGUCUUCUAACAAGUCUCCUAUUGCCUUACUUCAACACUGCCAUCCUUGACAAUUUUGCGUCACGAUUCUUGAAAAUCCUAAAUACCAUAACUUCUUUUCCACGUCACACAAUCAUGCUUAAAUAAGGUGGUCGUGUAGUGCUAAGCCACAACUGAUUUGCCGUCUUGCCGUCUUACGCCCUAUAGUUGAAUAUAAGGCCUUACUUUGCCGUACUCAAAGCUAAGAAGAAACAGAUUAUCACCAUGUCCAACAAAGGCGGCAAUCGGCCUGCGCGCCGUAACUAUGAUACUGGCUUUCCGGAUGCUUUUGCCGAAUACACCACAUCUCUACGCCAUCCGGAUGCAAAUGUCAGCCCUGGAGCCUGUAUUUCGGCGGAAGAUAUUGAUGCGUCAAAAACAUUGCAUCGGACACGUAGAUCGUUUCUAGCAAGACAUAAGCGCACGGUUGCCCACGGUAUCAUAUCUAACGGAACAACCUCUAAACGCGGAAGCCGCACAUCGUUAGUUCUACCCUCGAUUGACAGUGCUGUUGAUGUGGGCGACUUGAAGCAUACGGAUUCGAAUGGCAGCUUUGGAAAUUCGUCGAAAGAUGGGUCCGAUAGCAUACACGGGGAUCGCUGCUCUCUAUCCCUCACCGUAUCGAAUGAAGACGAUGGCGCUGACGAUGGCCGGCAACGGGUCAAGCUCUUCCGUAAAUGGCGGAGUCAGAAGGACUGAUACAGUCCAGAUCAGUUGGUGAUAGGUUAAGGGAUGUUUUGGGUAGCGAGCGGAGGUUGUCAUCUAAAACAUACCUCCUACAGGGGAGUAACGGUGCUUGUGGACCUCUAUUUGGGACCUCGUUUAAAGAUUGCUUUUCUUUCUUUUGUUCAGCAUGGAGUCUGGUUUAGCAUGGCAGCAUG